UAUACCCCUUUAAUUUCAGACAAAAGUUGCAGUCUUUUCACUCAUACACCAACAAGAACACGUCCAAAAUUGUGUAAAAAUUCAAGUCUUUAUCGAACCCCAGUCGCAACCACAGUCAAAACUUACGAGGCGCACGAAAGAAUACAAGAAGAGGGCAUUUCUUUAUGUUUUCACAUUGAGAGAAGCGGAGAGAGCGGUGCGAUGGCGGAGAGGCUGCACAUCGGAGGUGGAAGAAUUGAUGCGAGAAGGAGCGAAGAGCCUACUCCAUCCGUUUCCAAGUCUCAAGCUUGUCACUGCCCUGUCGUCGUCGCUAAAGAGAGUGCUGGCGGCGACAAGCAAUGGUGAACGAGGAGGAAGAAGAGGCAAUCAGACAGAUAGGGUUUCGUCUUUUUGGAGCUGCAGGUUGCGCCAAAGUUCCGCCAACUGCGAGGAGUGAAGUAAAUGAGUGGGAAACGGUGACAAAUUGCCAAAUUAAUGAAAUCAGACGUUAGAAACUCGAAAUUAACGAAGAUGCCCAUUUCUUUGUAGGUAACUAGGUAAGUGAGUAAGAUGGACUGUUUUGUAAGAUAUGACUGGUUUGGGUACUAAUAUGUAAGUGUAACAUAUGCAGAAGGGAACACAAAUGAUAUUGUCACUUGAUAGGAUUAGGAGGGCCAGGAGCCCAGGACCUGAAUUUUGAACUUGUGGAUAGCCGCUAGUGUAUGGUCCUUUUGGUUUUGGAGGUUGAGGUCACAGUGGGAUUAGGAGUUACAGUGAACACUAAUUCAUGUUAUUGACAAUAAACCAGGGAAGAAAGUCUCCACAUUUACAGAUUUGCUGCCGAACAGAAGCGAAAAAUAGGACAAACAACGAGAUAGGAAAACAGAGCUACUGCUGUGGUUCUCCUCCAGGCUGCGACACACCACCGCCAUGGCUUCAGCUUCGAUGCCGUUCGCCGCAGCUUUCUCAAAUUCACCAUUGCAGAGUAUCGCAGACAAGGCAAGGUGUUAUUCUCCUACCUUGCAGUCGCUGAGCGUUUCCCUUGCAUCAAUCAGGUUAUCCCCGCUCGCCUCCUCCAAAUCAGGGUUUCUGCAACAUGGGUUCUCUUUGAAAUCCCAGAAACUAGUCGGGGUUGUUCCAAAGACUCGUUCUUUUGGCGUUUUCGCCAGAGCUGCCACUGAGAAAUCUAUUCAUGACUUCACUGUGAAGGACAUUGAUGGUAAAGAUGUGUCUCUUAGCAAAUUCAAGGGCAGAGUUCUGCUAAUUGUCAAUGUUGCUUCCAGAUGUGGUUUGACAUCUUCGAACUAUUCGGAAUUGUCGCACAUUUAUGAGAAGUACAAGGCACAAGGUAAGCCCCCUUCACAGCAACUUUCUCAAACAAUCAAAUAAGAAGAAAUGGAGAAGAAAAAGAAAAGGAAACCCCAAGAGCCAAAUGCGCAUUACUUUGCUGCCAUUAUCAACUAGGAGUUGUUUAUUCAUCUUGUGGAAGUAGUCAAUGGUUGCCUACUGUUCUAUUAUGCAUUCAUUGCCUUAAGUUAUUCUAUUGCUAGUUUAUAGUUGGUAGGAGAAGUUGUUAUCAUUAGAAUUAUAUGGUAGUAUUUAAGGGAAGAAAACAUGGUUUGUGUUUGAACGUAGGGCUCGAAAUCCUAGCCUUCCCUUGCAACCAGUUUGGAGGCCAAGAACCAGGAUCGAAUCCCGAGAUCAAACAGUUCGCUUGUACCCGAUUCAAAGCUGAAUUCCCGAUAUUCGAUAAGGUUGACGUAAAUGGACCAAGCACAGCCCCAGUAUACAAGUUUCUCAAGUCGAGUGCUGGGGGCUUCUUAGGCGAUUUGAUCAAAUGGAACUUCGAGAAGUUCUUGGUGAACAAGAACGGAAAGGUCGUUGAACGUUAUCAACCAACAACAUCGCCUUUCCAAAUCGAGAAGGAUAUCCAGAAACUGCUCGCCGCGUAAAUAUCCAGCCUCCUCAAAUCACAUGAAUGGAUCGAUCAUGUAUACGUCGUAGCACAUUUGUUUGUACAUGUCUGCAUACAGACAUCACGUACAUACAUUUAUAAGCCUUUUUGCUGUUGGUUAUAGUGAUUUGUGUACUGUACUCUCAGACCUUUGUACAGUUCUAUGAUUUUUGUACUUAUGUUGAUUGCUAAGAUAACAGAGGAAUCAGGUGUGUUCUAGUGUUCUGCUAGUUCUUUACCUGCAAUCAAAACACAAGUUC